GCGCGGCCCCCACUCAGCGGCGUUAGCGCGGGCGAAUGGCGGACGGCGUGCGCCGUCGCGAGCCGCCGCGCAGCCAAUCCGCGACGGCGUAGUAUCGCCGCGUCCGGGAUGUCGCUCACGGAAUCAAGAUGGCAUCCGAGGACGGUGCGGGUAUCGUGUCAAACGUAGGAUGCGAUGUAAAUAAUACGAACCAGCGAGCGGACGAGCCAGCAGCCGGUGGGGAAGCAACAAGCGAUACGUCCGCCGAGACGACGUGGCGCAACGUCGUCGAGAGGACGACAGCGGCGUUCGUAGCAACAGCAACAGCAGGUCGCGAUCCCGCACGCAGUCGUUCGUCCAGGACGCCCACGGGUUUCCCAGCAGCGUCACCGUAUCACGCGAACACGGAAGGCCACGGAAGGCUGCAGAGGGACUCGGAUCCCGCGAGCUUGUCCGGUGAUGUGGGUGAACGGGUCGCGAGCAAGCCCGACAACGAGCCUAGACCGUCGUCCCCGCAACGGCGCAGCAUGUCUCACCAGAGGACCGACCCGGACACCGCUCGUCUUCCGGGAGAACCAGACGGUAGUCCGGAUCACUGCAACAAUGAAAUAGUAAAAGCUACUAGGGAACCUGUUCAACAUAUUAUACAUGCUGCCUCUACGUGUAACAACGAUACGAUGUUGUCCGGGGGCAUGCAUACGUCGCUGCCCACAAAAGUGAAAUUAGAAGGGUGCGUGAAUUUUUCCAACAACACGCCGCAGCUGGGGGAGAGUCCUCAGAGCAGCGGCGAGAUAAUCAGCAGUCCGAGGAGCCCCGACUACCCGCCGCGUGUUUCCGUCAGUCCUCACAGUCCGGACACGACGUUCUCCAUCAGCAUGAUGUCGGCUAUCGCGAGUACCACGGCUAUAAUGGACACGGCGAAGUAUAACGAAGAGGGCACCGACAACGUGGACACGCGCACAGACAAAGUGACCGAGUAUCCGUUCCGCUCGUCGCAGGAGAAGACGAUCGACGAGCCGCAAGUCAACGUCAAGGUUCAGACGGAAUCAACGAGCGAACAGCGAGACGCUCUCUCCGGCCGAGAGGCGGAAUCUACAGAAUCGAAAGUCGUCCACGACGUUGAGAUUAAAAAGGAAGUCGCCGUGGAGUCGCAGGAGGAAGACUCGGAGACGGUCAAAUCCGAGUUGGCCGUUGACCCUUCAGCGGCGAUAUCGUCGAGCAAAGCGGAGGCCGGCGCAUCUCAGGAGAAAGUCGCGGAUCCCGCUAACGCACCUUCCAGCUCGCACUCCAAGACGUGCUCGUCCUCCUCGAGCAAGAAACGCUCGAAGGAGCACAGCGAGCGACGACAUUGCUCGCGAUGCGAAAGACGCAGGAACAUCAAGAGGGCGAGUAUCGGCGUGCAAUGCAAGCGAGACCGCCACGUGUUAUCUUCGCUGAGCGGCAAACCCGUGUCCUUGUCCUUCUCCAAGUCCACCAACGACAACCUGAGGUUAAAUUUACAAACGAAAAACUACAAGAUGCUGAACAAUCCAGUGGUGAAGUGUGAAUUGCUGGAGGGCCUAAAGUACAAGAAGUUCAUUCACAUAGAAACCUACCCGAACGGAGGUGCGACGGUGGUGCACAUGUACCAAGACGAGAUCGACAGCUUAUCGCACGAGCAAACGGAAGAACUGGCGCAGGAAUACUUCAAGGUGGUUUUCGGAGAAGACGAAAAUGGGAAUGCUCAUCAUGUCAUGGGUAUAGUGCACAAUGCGGCUGCAUAUCUGCCCGAUCUUCUCGAUUAUAUGGCGAAUACUUAUCCCACAUUGACCGUGAAGAAUGGUGUGUUAGGCAGGAGCAGUGACAUAGAAACGACGACAAUGGUUCAGUACAAGGAUCAAGUCUGUAAGGCUUAUAACAACGGCACCGUCCGGUACGGACCACUACACCAAAUCAGCUUGGUGGGCACGGUUCAUGAAGAAGUCGGCGGGUAUUUUCCGGACCUACUGCAAAAGUUGGAGGAAAAUCCAUUCCUAAAAUUGACGAUGCCGUGGGGUCCUCUCUCCGUCGUAAAGAUGGACACGCCGCAGGAGUCGAAUGACGGCCCCAUCCUGUGGAUCCGGCCAGGCGAGCAGCUGGUGCCGACGGCCGACAUCAACAAAAGCCCGUACAAACGGCGCAGGACCGGCAUCAACGAGCUGAGGAACCUGCAGUAUCUGCCGCGCCUCAGCGAGGCUCGCGAGUACAUGUUCGAGGAUCGCACGAAAGCGCACGCGGAUCACGUCGGCCACGGCUUGGACAGGAUGACCACAGCGGCGGUCGGCGUGUUGAAAGCCGUCCACGGCGGCCAGCCAUCCGAGUACAACCGGAUCACGAAGGACGUAGUGGCGUUCUACGCGGGGGACUUCACCGAGCUCGUGGAGAAGUUGCAGUUGGACCUUCACGAGCCGCCCAUCUCGCAAUGCGUGCAGUGGGUGGAGGACGCCAAGUUGAAUCAGCUGCGCAGACAAGGCGUCCGCUACGCCAAGAUCAAUCUCUACGACAACGACAUCUACUUUUUGCCGCGCAACAUCAUCCACCAGUUCAGAACGGUCUCGGCCGUCUCGAGCAUCGCUUGGCAUAUCAGAUUGAAGCAGUAUUACCCGGAGUCGGAGCACAGCACGAGCAUCAGGCACACCCGCAUGGUGAACGAGUCCGCCCAUCGCAUCAAGGAGAAGAAACCGUUGGAGGCGGUCUGCAUCAGCGACGAGCAGAAAGAGAACACGAACCGGCAGCGGUUGGAGCAGAAGCUGUCUAUCGACUCGCUCGAGGAGAAGAAGGCGAAGGAGAGAGCGGCCGAAUAUCAAGGUAAUUUGAAGAAAUCCGACCAGCACGGCAAGCAUCGGAAGAGUCAACAUCACUCUAGACAUUCGUCGCUCAGCAAACGGAAGGAGAAGGAGGAAGGUGGCGACAAUCCGUCGGACUCCUUCGGCGGCACGAAGUCGUCCAAGGGCGGCGGGAGCGAGCAGAAACAGAGCGGCGACAAGAGCAGGGACGAGAAGCGCUCGGAGAAGCGGCACAAGGAUCGCCACCGCGGCGACGACAAGUCGAGCAGCAGUCAUCACGGCUGCAGUUCCUGCAAGAAAAAGAAGUACGACAGCAGCGGCCACAAGCUGGAACAUCACUGUAGCCAUCACGGCCGAUCCAACGGCAACAGCAUAUCAAGCAAGGAGAGUAUUCCGGAUCUGAUGAAGGCCAGGGUGAUACCAAGUAGCUUCAGCAGUAGCUCGUCUUCCAUGAAAGAGGCCAAGAGACGGCUGAGCUCGGAGCUGUCUCCGCCGGCCGACGUGACCUCCGAGACCGACUCGGCCGUGCCCGAGGAGGAGUUGCUGACGCAACGACAGACCGUCGCCAAGACGUACGCCACCGAGGUGGUGGAUAAAGCGCUGGAGAUAGCCAUCUACAAGUCGAAGACCGACGUGGAAGAGGUGUGCCAGUCGCUGCGUACCGGCGUCGCCGAAGCCUCGAAGGAGGUGCUGGAGAGGAUCCGCAAGGAGAGCUACGAGAUCGCCGAGCAGAGGUUCAAGGAUGACACUGCCAAGUUGGAGAGGUACUGUCAUCUGUUGGAGGUGGAGACGGUGUUGGCGUUCACAUCGAAGAUGGAGUGCGCGACGGAGAACGCUGUGAAGGCGUUGAUCGAGACAGCGGAGGACGAGGCGAAAGAGAAGGCGAAGAACGAGGAGAAAAGCGAGUUCUUGAUCGCCGGCGGCGAUAAUCCCACAUGUGGCGAGAUCUCGACGACGACGACGACCUCGUCGUCGUCGUCGUCGUCAUCAUCGUCGUCAUCGUCGUUGUCAUCGUCCACUACCGCCGCCACCACUGGUGUUCCCUCGUACUCCUCGUCGGUGACGUCCACGUCGCCGGUGUCCACCGAAAACGAGAGACACAGCAGGAACGCCAGCAGCGACGACAACUCGACCAAGUCGUCCGAGUGCCACAGCGCGUCGCACUCCAAGUCGAAGAGCAAGUAUCGCGACGAGAAGGACUCGAGGGAGAGGCGGCACGAGAAGAGAAGAGACCGCGACCGGCGGGAGCACGACCGGCACCGUCACGGCAGCUCCCAGCGGAAGUCCGAGUCGAAGACCGGCGGCGACGCCGGCGAGCACGACGCGCUGAAAAUCCCCGGACUGUCGCACACUUGCCCACCCCUGUCCGCCGGCAAAUCCGAGCGAACGGAUUCCAAGGACGGCGAGGAGAGGCUGGAGGACAGGAGGAAGAGUCACUACAGCCACCACUACAGCCACAGGCACGGCAAGGAGAGGUCGUCCAGCAGCCGCGCCGACAAGGACAGCCACGCUGCGUCGAGUCGCUCGCACUCGUCGAGCUCGAACCAUAAGAGGAAGUCGAAGUCGUCCGACGUGCACAAGGAGGCUAAGAGACCGCGUUCGGAGGUUGAUUCGAGCGCGCGAAGCUCCGAGUCUGGUGCGUCGAGCAGCAUGGUAAGCUCGACGACGACGACAGCGGCAGCAACGUCGACAACGGUUGCACCAACAGUGGUGAGCACGACGACGACGUUGACAUCAACGACGACGACGACGCAAGCGUCGCCGACGAACACUGUUAUAUCGAGCACGUGAAAAGGUGACGACUGUUCUCGACAACUGUAGUACAAUCCGCUUGUCAGGGGCGCGAAAUCGCGACGCGGCGAAACCGCCGGUUCCUUCGCGCGAGAGCAUCAGCCGGGAGGAGCGACCGAACGGAGGAAGGGGACAAAAUGGGGGACGACCAGGCGCGCCCGGUUUUGUGAGUACCCGAGAUGCGGAAGACAUUGUACUUUUACCAAAGUAGAGAUCACCGUGUUUCCAAUCCAAAGACGAGAUAGAGGAACUUCACCGAAUCGGGAAUUUGCUACUUCAUCCUUUUCCUCGCGAUGGCAUACAUACACGCAUACUCUUGCAUUUACACGAGCACACACACACACACACACACGUGAGCAUACACGUCGCCUUAGUCUCAAACGGAGAAGUUUACAAUACGAGUAUUGCUCACAUUACAUGAGCAAUAUUCACUAGUAUUAUUCACUGAGACGUACAUACAAAUACAUAUACACAUGUACACGCAUGAAACGAAGCAAAGGCAAACGUAACAUAACAUCUCUUCCGAUACAAGAUCGCAAAAAUUAUUUUGCUACAAAAGAACUCCGGGCGUCUCGUACAUUGCUGAGAAUUAAAAAUAAUAUUUAUAGUAUAGGCGACCAAUGUAUGUGAGAGAGAGAGAGAGAGAGAGAGAGAGGUGUACAAAAAGGAAUUUGUACAAAUUUAUGAUCGAAAAUUAACCCCCCUCUCCCCCCAGCCCCCGAGCAGCACGACACGGUGCUACACGUAUUUGUACAUAAGUUAAAGAAAAAAAAAAAAGAAAAAGGACACGCCUUCUUUUCAAAGAGAUCAUCUUCAUCGCGCGAAACUCGCUUAAGUUAUUUAUGUAUAAGCUAUGCGUAAAUUAUUUAUGAUAUCAUUGGCCCAUCCCGCGCUGCUACGUAUUAAAAGGAAAACUUCAACGUGCCCACCCGCGAAAAAUCGAUCGCGAUUUCUCCCAAUCGAUGACUCGUUUCACGAUUUUCAACACCACACGAUCGUAGAUUUAUUUCUCGUAUUUCUUCAUGAUUAUUUUUCUUUUGCGUCUUUUCCUUUUUUCUUUUUUUUUUUUUGUUUCGACACGUAUCGACCGAGUAUUUAUAUCUUAGAUACACGCGGGGUGUCUCAAGAGAGACGAUAGAGACGAGACA